CCGUGCAAAAAUCAGGAGAAACUGGUAAAAUGAAGACCUAAGUAAGGAAACCUAGGCAGAGGUUCCAGUGAACGAACAGAUGAACAGGACUAGGGAAGAUGAGGGAGAGACAUGGGGAUGGGAGAGAGUGGGAGAGAGAUUGAAACUGACUUUACCGUCUGGGUCAGUACUGGCUCAGUUUACAAAUCUGGUAAUGAAUGACCCACAAUACCAUGAAACCUACAGGUGACAGAAAAUCUUCUUUUCUUCACUAAAGUGCUAAAUAAAAAUAUUUCCUCAAGGGUUAACUAAAUAUUUCCAUAGCCCGCAAAUACGGCAUAUAUGAUUUCAAAAAUAUAGUAAUUUCCUUUCCAAUGUUCUUUUGGUGAUACUGGUAUUUCAAAUUUUUGAAAUGUGCUUGCUUGUGUUGAGCAAAUGUGGGUUGCAUUGAACAGGAAUUUAGACUGUGAUUGAUGUUUUGAAAGACAUAGGUAGAUAUAUAUGGCAAAUAGCAAGAAGAAAGAAAAGAAAUAUAUAUUUUAAAUAUUCUGAUUUUUUUGUCUGAAAUCUAGAAUCAGAGUUAAACAUCAUCCAUGUAAUAUGAUUAAGGUUUGUAAUUAGGAAAACAUUUCAUUAUUGCAGAAUUGUCUAGAGACUUCUUUCAUUUGUUUUUCAUUUUUCCAAGGUUUUAGAGCUACUUGGAAACAGCAAAAGCAACACAACACUUUAAAAUGAUUCUCUUGAUUCUUCCACACUUUCUUUCCAUGGUUUGAUACGAACUUAUUGCCAGUGCCUCCUAUCCAAGUAUGCAUGUAAGAUUUCUGGGAUGCAGACUGGAGCUACUGGAGGGUGUAAACUGACCACAGUGUGAGAAGCUGUCCCAGGCUAAGCGCUCAAGAGUAAUCAGGCACACAAGGGGGGCAAUUGAUUUAUUAGAGGGAAAUCUUUUUGAAAAAGUUUCCAAUCCAGAUUUUCACCUUAGAGAUGCUUCUCAUAAGCUGUUCCAGAAGCCUUGAGGGAAGAUGGGUGAGGGGGGAUACUUUCCGGCAUUUUCCCAUGGCACCAAUUUACCUGACUGUCCACUGCAAGGAAAGUUUGUCCUCUGGACUUCCAGAGGACUAUAAGCACCAGCAGAAUUCCAUGAUUUUAGAGCCUCUGUAGCUUCCAAAUUGUGGUUUUCUUCCUCCAGAAGAAAGGGCACGAACACACGUCUCUGUUUUUUAGAUGGAAGCCAGAACUUUAAAAAGUCACAGUUCUGCAAUAGUUAACCUGUUCAGAGCUGGAACUCUAAAGUGUACACAAAGAGGUACAUUAAAAAAAAAAAUCUUUCAAAACUGUUCUCUACAGCAUCAACUGCUUUCUUAUACAAAAUUUAGAUGUCUAAAUUUGAAUGUUUUUUAGCCCUUUCCCUUGAACCUGACAGCAGUCUUCAGGGAAUGCAUCUGUAAUCUAAAAAUGUAUGAGUAAUAUAUUAUUCAUUGACUUCUGCCCUCUUCUUUAUUCUACUGGAAAAGUAAGGAAUGCAGAACCAUGGGAUGUCCCAGAAGUAAUGGGGGAGAUGCAGCACCCCACAGUUAACCUCACACAGAGGCAGCACAGGUCUGGCCAGCAGUAAUUCCACAACAGCUGUAGGCAUACUCUGAGGUCUGGUAAUUGUAUGCUAUCCCUCUGUAAUCUUGUUUUAUUAAAGAAGUUGAUACCUUUGGCCAGUGGAUAUUUCCUAGCACAUGGUUCCUACUACACUGAAGCCGGAGGAAAAUCUGUUUUGCACUUUACGGAGGACAGAUUGAAGACUGGCACUCAACAAAUCGGACUUCAGGUUUUCCAGAAAUAACAUGAUACAUUUUAAGGAGCAAACUUAUUUGGUAAAAGGGAGACAGCAUGAUUUCCUGUAACGUGGCUGUCUUCUACCAUGAUCCUAUUCAUGACAAUGUCAACUGCCUCCACAUUCACUGCCCAACAUUGGAGAGCUGCAUAUUAGAGCCUGGAACCAGUGCCAUUUUAUACAACAUAACAGAAGGUAUAGAUCCAGAUUUGCUGAUUUUUGAACAGUCACCUCCCACAUACCUAAAUACUCGUUCUUCAUCUAGCCCAUGGGACAAACUAAGGAUUCUAAAAGCUAUGAAUUUAGAUAAACAACAAACCACCAUGAUAAACCAAAUGCUACCGUCAAUGGUGCCAUCAUUAACCACACAUCAAGAUUUGGUUGUCAACACAAACAAUACCAGACACAAAACUUUUUCAUAGGCCUAUUCCAUCCCGACUCAACAGUAGCAAGCAAUUACUAAACAAAACCAAGGGGUCCAACAGCAGAAACCACACAUCUGAGAAUGAAGACAUGACACCUGAUGGGACAUCUGUGAUAUCAAAGAUAUGGCUGGUUCCAGUGGCCCUCUGUACCUCUGUCAUCUUUCUUUGCUGUUGUAUAAUCAUCUUGGCAUCUGGAUGCUGUAGAAAGCAGCAAGGCCAGUAUAAACCAGGGCAGAGAAAGUCAGGAUCCAGACAAAUUAAAAAAAUUAACAUUCUAAAGGAGAACUUUUAAUAGCCAAAGUUACAGGGAGAUUGUAAGCUUUUAAGAGUAUCAUUUUUAGUUUUCUAUAGGACAAGGGCAGUGUGUAAAAAAAAAAAAAAUUGCACAGGAUGCUCACUCCUACCAAUCUUUGAAAAAGGCCAAUGCUUGAUAAACUUAACUUUUUUUUAUUACUUCCAUUUUCUCGAGCAGUGUACUAAAGAUCCAAAAUCCUGACCCCUAGUUAUUGAGCACUGCAAGAGAGAUAUGCUUCUAUGUGCUGUACAUGUCUUCACUCAUUGAUAUAACUUUAUGAGUUAGCAUAUUUUUAUUAACCAUUAUAGUAUUAUUAUAUUUUACAGAUAAGGAAAAUGGGAAGAGAGGCUAAACAUCCUGCCUAAAGUCACACAGGUUGUAUAGUGAAGCCAGGACUUAAUAGGUAAUCUGGUUCAAAAGUUCAUACUUGAAAUCACUAUUAGAUUAAAGGCCUCCAUUUUCCCAAAAAGCAUGGAAAAAAGAUACAGAGAGGAAAAUACUGUAACAUCAUUUGUCUGUCAAGGUCAAAUUAUUGUCAUGGAUGUUAAUAAACUCUUUUAGUGGUUUGGACAGAAAAGCAUUAUUAUUAGAGUUACUAACCUAUGUGCAAAUGCUGUUAUAGUUUUAAUGUUCAAUUGAUGAAUUCUUCUUAAUCCUAAACUAUCUUCAUUUUUAAAAGCUGACAUGCCUUUAAAUAACUUUGGUACUGGAAUCUGAGUUUUGUGUUGAUCUCUGUUGAAUAAAGCUUGGGAGUUUUAGUUUA